AUGAAGACAAAGUUUUCAAACCAAGUGGAGAGACACUCACCUUACCUAGAACUCUGCAUGGACCAUGCAUUUGGCUCCUGCAUGAAAAGUCAUGACAGUUCCUCAGAUGGCGUUGGAAUUUAUGAAGUGACCAGCUCUGUGAAAGACUUGCUGUCCAAUUUAAAUACAGGGGAACAAAGGAAACUAACAGAGGAGCUUGACAGUCUUCUAUCAGUUCAUAAGCAGUAUGUAAGCCAUUUGUUACGCACAAAGCACCAGUCAGAAUAUUACAAAUUCAUUUUAAACAAUCUUCAGCCUGGUGAGUGUGUAGUCAUUGUUGACUAUAAAAUGAAACUUGAACUUGGCAUCCAUAGUCGUGAAAUCCAGCGUGACUGGUAUAAUAAAUGGGAUCUUUCUCUUCAUGGUUUUUUGGUGGUGGCCCAAAUUGGAGAAGAGUAAAAAAGAACGGAGGUAAUUGAUUUGUGGAGUGAAGACACAAAGCAAGAUGCCUGGUUUAGCCAGAGCGCAAUGGAUGUUGGCUUUCGCUGGCUGGAACAGGAACUACCUGGUUACCAUGUGUAUUUAUUUUCUGGUGAGUGGCUCUAGUUUAUUUUGGUCAGGUUUCAAUUACUUGUUUCAAUUACACCGUAAUUCUAUUGUUUACAUCAUGGUUGAAACCUCAACCAGACUUAAAUAAAGGAAACAAUGAAACUAAAUGAUGUACAUGUCUUCCACACAUUCACAUUUGUAGAAAUUGCAUAAUCAUCUGAGCCUUUGUAGUAAAAUUUAGUGAAUGCCUUGGAUUUGCAAUGGCAUAUUCACUUUGUUAGUAGUAAAAACCCUCCAGUAUGUACCUACAUUUUUUGAAGUCAGGCAAAGUAGGUUCUUGUAUUUUUGGGUGGUUAUCUGCAGGUUAGACUAGUAAAGAUUCAGUUGUUGAUUGCCAAUCCCCCCAAACAAAAUUUUGGGUUUUUGUGUUAAAAAAAUAUACAGCAUUUAUUCACAACUGUAUUUUGAAAGGCCCAAUAAAACUGAUUAAAGAAAGUGAUAUCCUCUUAAACAUACAUUUUAGAAUAAAAAAGGAAAUAAAAUAUCAAAAAUGAACAAUGAAAAAGUGAAUGGGAUGAAUAAACAUUUGUGUAGAAAGACUUCUUAGUGUUCAAAGAGUUGCACUGCACACUUUACUGUAACCCACAUAUGAGAACCUGGUUUAUCUUGCUUGGCUAUAGUUUUCGGCAUAUUUUGGGGUACUAAAAUGGCAAAUCAAUGCAGGCAGGUUCUUUAACCACUAGGUUCUUUAUGCAGGUUUUUAUUGUGAUAUGCAUACUAGGGUGGUUUUUUGUAAGAGAGUAAAAGUAAUGAAUGAAUAUAAAAAGUAAAUGCAUAUUCUCACCUUAAACUACAGUGUAGAUGUGAAGACUGACUGAAUUUUGUCAGUGUUUGUGGUGGUUGUUGUUGUUGGAAUGAAAAAAAUAUUAAGUGUGCCUUCUUCAAUAAUUUUAUUGUGUACUUGCCUAUAAUAAGAACCUCAUCAAAAGAAAUUGAAAGAUGGUUUUAAACCAGCCACAUAUAAGUAAAUACUUCAUGUUUCCCUGGAUUAAAAUUGUAUUCUUUCUUUUUUUUAGAUAAUGGUCCCCAUUAUCAUAAUACUGGUUUCAUUUUGUACCUGGCUGAAGUUAACGAAUUCUUCAACUUGACCCUUGUUGAGUACAACAAUUUUGAAGCGGGAGAAGAGAAGUCGCAGCUGGACACUCACUUUGCCCUUAUCUCUCACAAAAUUGUGCGGUGGGUGAGAGUGGGAAACAAUUUAGAGACAGGAAAUCAGCUUGGAGAGUUGAUUGGGGUAUGCUUAGCUUUUGUAUAGUUAUACACUUUAUCUAUUGCAGUCAGCUCUCUCUUCACGGAUACCUAACUAUGAUGGACAGUCAGGAAAGGUCCUGAUGGUGUUUGUCUUAGAGAGAGAUGACUGUAUUGCUUCAAGACCGAAUGAUAGUUCAAAAGAAGAAAAAGAUCACAGUCACUACCAGGUUAUUUAUUAAUCACGUACUACAAAGAAAAGAAAAGUAUGAUUUUAAGUUAUUACAAGAUCUUAAAAAAGUUACCAUUUUUCUCUUUAUUUUGCUGAACUGGUUUAUAAAAACAUUUAAUUCUAUCUUUAGAUCUUAUGACUAGUAAACUCCAGCCAGGGUUUAAUUUAAUAUAACAUUUUACAGGUGUAAUUUAUGAGUGUAGCUAUUGUUUUAGCGUCUGAAAACAAUAACUACACUCGUAAAUCACACUUGUCAAAGUUUUAUUUAAGUGACCGCAGGGGUCAAUGUAGCUAUUGUUCUCAGACUCUACAACAAUGGCUACACUUGUAAAUUACACGUGUGAAAGAUUUAUUAAAUUGACCCCAGGAUACACAAAGUUACUUUGUCUGGGGAGAAAUGGUUAGCUGAAUCUUGAUGUUACACAAUAGCUACUCAAAGAAUUUCUUACUUGUAGAUAACCUGUUCUGGGGUUGUCUUUGAUUAUCUACAUUAAGCCUUAAAAACCAUGUUUAACCUAAUUAUUUAUUACUAAGAGAAGCUGAAUCCAUAUUUUUGAUGUUAAAAUAAUAAUUGUUAUUGCUUUAUAUUUUUAUUUUAUAGUCCCUGAAGAAUGUGACAUGUAGGAAGCUGACCAUAGAUAGAAGUAAGACCCAAGAGAAGCUUGGCACUCUCAAAGAUAUUUCUUUUUAUGGCAGCUUUCAGUUCCAGCCAUGUGGAGGCCACACUCGUCCAGUCGCUGGUUCAACUGGUGAAACAACAAAUGAAGACAUUCCAUUAUCAUCCUGCAGUACUGCUAACCGUAAUGACUGUCCAAACUACAGUGUAAAUUUCAUUCAGCACGCCAACUCAGCCCAACAGCCAGCAACCCACUGCUUCAAGCCUGUCACUCCUCAAAUUCAGCGGUUCAUUCCGUGUGGAUAUGCUUUGAAAACUGGGGGAGCAAAGCACACAGUGUUCACUCAACAGCAAAAAGAGAUUAUGAUUGAGUAUUACAAUCGACAAGCCAAAUACGGCAUUCGGGCUGAUACAGGUAAAUGUGCUGCUACCAUGAGAGAGAGGGGCCUGGAAGCCUUGAAAGAUUCCCAAAUAAAAAGCUGGUGGAGUUUCUAUCACCAGAAAUGCAAAAGAGAAAUGGAAAGGAUGGCUCAACAUUUACAGACCGCAUGUGAAGGAACUACAGCAUCGUCCAAUCAGCCAGCAUCAACCACCCAACCAACUAGGUCAGUACUUGAACUAUCAGCUUCACUUCCCACCCAAACAACUGCCACUUGUUUGGGAACAUCAACAUGGGUACCCAGCCAAAUACCUUCCCCAGUUAUUACACAGUCAGUGGUGACAACACCUAGCCACCAUACCUCCUCGGUUUGUUCAGCUUCGGCAAGAACCUGUACUCAACCAACUCCCUCAAAUUCAGUGAUAUUAACAGCUGGACCAUGGAACACAACUGCCCCAGCAUCUGUUGCCUCAGUUUCCUUUACAUACACAAGAAUUCAAAACCACCCAACUUACUCAGUUUCCACAACAACAGCAGUAUCUUUUGCCUGCCAGCCAACCGUCUGUGUCCCAGCAGAAUCACCA